UGCCGUGUAGACUCAUUGCUCCUCCAGCUUUACUUUUAGCUUUCUCCGUGUCCCAAAUGUUCACUGCGGCAGCGUGCGCUCUGUCCGGAUCACCGUGGCGAGCUGUGGCUUAAAACAAAAAACAAAAAGGGACUUCCAGACGAUAGAAAACGAAGAGGAACCAGAGUUCGUGGAGGGGACGCAGUUUGGGGAGGUUUUACGCAUCGCGCAGGAUGCAGGCGCGCUACUCCGUCUCCAGCCCCAACUCUUUGGGAGUCGUACCGUACAUCAGCAGCGACCAGAGCUACUACCGGGCCGGCGGUGGAUACACCGGGAUGCCUGCGCCCAUGAGCAUGUACUCCCAUGCGGCCCACGACCAGUACCCGGCCAGCAUGGCCCGGGCGUACGGACCGUACACCCCGCAGCACCAGCCCAAGGACCUGGUCAAACCUCCCUACAGCUACAUCGCUCUCAUCACCAUGGCGAUCCAGAACUCACCGGAGAAAAAGAUCACCCUGAACGGGAUUUAUCAGUUCAUCAUGGAGAGAUUCCCGUUCUACCGGGACAACAAGCAGGGCUGGCAGAACAGCAUACGGCACAAUCUGUCACUCAACGAGUGCUUUGUCAAAGUGCCCCGGGACGAUAAGAAGCCCGGUAAGGGCAGCUACUGGACUCUGGACCCGGACUCCUACAACAUGUUUGAGAACGGCAGCUUCUUAAGGCGCCGGAGGAGGUUCAAGAAGAAGGACGUGCAGAAGGACAAGGACGACCGGGACCGACAGGGUAAGGACCCCUCGUCCAGGACCCCGGGCCGGGAGCAGGACCCGUCGGGGCAGGGCGCUCACCCGGUGCGGAUCCAGGACAUAAAGACCGAGAACGGGACCUCGACGCCUCCGCAGGCCGCUUCCCCGGCCCUGAGCACCGUGCCCAAGACCGAGAGCCCCGACAGCAGCAGCAGCAGCAUGUCGACGGGCAGCCCGCACAGCAUGGACGGACCCGAGCACCACCACCACCAGCAGCAGCACCACGGCCAGGCCCCGGCGCAGGGCUUCAGCGUGGAUAACAUCAUGACCACCCUGCGGGGGUCUCCGCAGGCCGCCGAGCUGUCCCCGCCGCUCAUCGCCUCCUCUCGGACAGGUAUCACCCCUGCUUCACUGUCGCUCAACUACUCCCCCAACCAGACAUCCGCAUACGGCUCGACCGCCUGCAACCAGAACGCCAUCUCCUCCAACUCCAACGCGACCUAUCACUGCAACAUGCAAGCCAUGAGCCUGUACGCCGGGGACAGGUCGUCCGGCGGCCACCUGGCGCCGUCCAGCACGGUGGUGGAGGAGGCUCUGCCCGACUACUGCAUCACCGCGUCCAGCGCCUCCCCUCUGGGGCACAGCAACCUGGGCCAGGCGGGCCAGGAGGGCCACCACGCGCACCAGGGACGGCUCGCGUCCUGGUACGGGGACCUGAGCCACUUGAGCCCCGGUUACCCGGCGCAGCAGCAGAACUUCCACUCUGUGCGGGAGAUGUUCGAGUCCCAGCGGAUCGGGCUGAACGGCUCCCCGGUCAACGGGAAUAAUAGCUGUCAGAUGGCUUUCCCAUCCGGCCAGUCCAUCUACCGCACCUCAGGAGCUUUUGUUUAUGACUGCAGCAAGUUCUGAAAGCCAAAGUGUGUCUUUUAAAUUAAUAACUCUUUAAUAUAUGUUUUAUAUUUUGUUUUGUACUUUUUGGUCGUUUGUUCGAAUGGACAUA